AUGCCUAACAGUCCUGAAUGUUUACUAGGAAGAGAUUUGCUUUCAGCCUUUCAAGCUAAAAUUAUAUUUGAAAAAGGGAGAGUAAAAUUGGAAAUUCCGGAAGAGAACUUAGCAAAAAUUUUUGUUGUGAAAGAAGUAGAAAAAGAAGAGAUACCUCAGGAAAUAGAACAAGCUGUAGUGCCUUGGGUAUGGGAAAUAGGGGUCCCUGGAAAAUCCAAAGCUGCUACCCCAGUUAGAAUAGAAUUAAAAGAAGGAGCACGACCCGUUAGAGUGAAACAAUACCCAAUUAAUUUAGAAGCCAGGAAAGGAAUAGCUCCUAUGAUCACACAAUUUUUAAUUUUAGGAAUAUUAAAAGAAUGUGAGUCAGAAUUUAAUACUCCCAUAUUUCCGAUAAAAAAACCAAAUGGUAAGUAUAGGUUAGUGCAAGACUUGAGAGCAGUAAACCAUCACAAAAAUAUCCACCCGGUUGUAGCUAAGCCUUACACCUUGUUAACACCUGUUUCUGAGAGAUUUCAGUGGUUUACAGUGAUUGAUCUAAAGGAUGCCUUCUUCUGCAUACCACUGGCACGGGAAAGUUGGAGAAUUUUUGCCUUUGAAUGGGAGAACCCAGAGACUGGACGGAAGCGACAGUUUACUUGGACGCGAUUACCACAAGGAUUCAAAUACUCACCCAAGAUAUUUGGUAAUCAGUUAGCAAAGGAACUUGAGGAAUGGAAGACUACUCAGUAUCAAGCUUUGUUAAGAGAGCAAGAUGAUGUUGAACUGAAAAUCACUAACCAUCUCAACCCAGCAGAAUUCCUUAGGUCUACACAGGAAGGAGGUAUCCUGGAGCAUGACUGUGUAGAGACCAUUGAACAAGUCUACGCGAGCAGAAGAGACUUGAAGGACGAGCCAUUGACAGAUCCUGACUGGGAGUUUUUCACCGACGGAUCUAGAUUUGUGGAGAAUGGCACCAGGUAUGCUGGGUAUGCAACGGUCACUUUACAACAAGUGAUAGAAGUAAACACGCUACCCCCAGAUCAUGUCUACGUGAGAAACUGGUCGGUGGAGCCGCUGAAAGAAACAUGGGACGGUCCUCGCCAGGUGAUAAUGACGACCUACACGGCAGUAAAAGUCGAAGGAAUCGACAGCUGGAUCCAUUAUACUCGGGUCAAGAAGGUUCCAGUCUCGUGGUCGGUAGAACCUCUCUCACCCACGAGGAUGGUGUUUCGAGCCAACAAUUGA